AUGUCGCGCCACCGUGCGGUGCGAAACCUCGAUCUGGAUGCGGAACUCGCAGAGGAGUACAGCGAUGAGGGCGACUACCUAGACGACCUCAGUCCGGAGGACCAGGAGGCGAUGGAGCAGUCGCUCCACGACCUGCAGGACGAACUGGGAGGGGCCAACCCUUUCUCGGAGCGCCAGAUGCGCGAGGCACUCUACGAGACGUACUUUGACGUGUCCGAGGCCAUUGCGUUUCUCGUGCAGGAGCGCGAGCGCGAGGAGGCGCUCGCGAAGAAGAAGGCAGCAUGCGAGGGAGGGAGUGCAACCGAGGGGGCACACGGCGGCCACGAUGGCUCGGGGCCGGUGCAAGAGCCAGCCGGCGCUUUUGCCCCCUCGACGCUGGCCUCUGCUCCUGCUCCUGCUCCUGCUCCUGCUCCUGCUCCUGCUCCUGCUCCUGCUCCUGCUGCUCCUACUUCUGCAGCACCGACACCCUCGGCGCCUUUAACGGCGUCCCAACCAAAACUCUCGAAACUGCAGCAAAAGAUGCAAGCGGCACGGCUCAAGGGCAAGCCGGCCAAGACGACCGGGACGGGAGCCCAGGCGCCGGCGGCUGCGACGCAAAGCACGCAAAGCACGCCUACGCCCAGCCGGCCCAGCACCCCGUCGUCCCCGGCGCCCGCCGCCGCUGCCGCCCCGCCUGUCGCCACGGUGCCGUCCGGCGAAUCGAUCGCGAGGCUCUUCCCUGCACCCGCUCCUGCACACGGCGCCCCGUCGCCGUUUGUCCAGCUGCUGGAGCGCCCUGUAUCGAAGUCCGCGCAUCCCUUGCCGAGCGUGAGCGUGUCCGAAGACGAGAUGCAGAAUCUCCGCCAAGUCUUCUCGACGCUCAGCCCCGACGACAUCGUGCUGCAGGCGCGGCGCGGCACGCAAAAAGAAAAGAACCGGCAGCAAGCCCAGGCCAAGAAACCCGCGCCCGGCCCGGUGCAGCAGCUGCGUGGCUCGAUCCAAAAGAUGGACCUCGGCGGGCCAAGUCCGGCGGGCUCGGCUAGCAGCACACGCGCCCACUCGCCUGCGCCGAAGCUCGCCAUGCCGCGCGAGCAGGCGCUGAGCGAGUACAAGGCGCGCCAGGCGCAAGGCCUGCGUGAAAUCGGCCUGGUCGUCGUGGGCCACGUCGACUCGGGCAAGUCGACGCUCAUGGGGCGCAUGCUCCACGAGCUCGGCGAGCUCUCGGACCGCGCGCACGAGAAGAAUGUGCGGGGCAGCGCCAAGAUGGGCAAGGGCUCGUUUGCCUACGCCUGGGCGCUCGACUCGUCGGAAGAGGAGCGGGCGCGCGGCGUGACGAUCGACGUCGCGCAGGAUACCUUCCGCACGCCCAGCACGCUCUUUCACCUUCUCGAUGCGCCGGGGCACUCGGACUUUGUGCCGAACAUGAUCAGCGGCGCAGCGCAGGCCGACGUGGCGAUCCUCGUCAUCGACGCGAUCCUCGGCGCGUUCGAAGCGGGCUUUGGGCCCCGCGGCCAGACGCGCGAGCACGCAACGCUCCUGCGCUCGCUGGGUGUGCAGCAACUCGUCGUGGUAAUCAACAAGCUGGACGCAGCCGACUAUGACCAGGAACGCUACACGCUGAUCCAGACGACCCUCGAGCCGUUCCUCACGCAGAGCGGCUUUGACCUCGGCAAGGUCCAGUUUGUGCCGUGCGCGGCCGCGGCUGGGUGGAACAUUGCCGAGCGCACCGGCGAUCAUGCGCCGUGGUACUCGGGCAAGACCCUCGCACAGGCGCUCGACGCACUCGAGCCGCCCCAGCGCACGAUCGACGCGCCACUGCGCAUGCCGGUCGCCAACGUGUUCCGCAACCAGGCCGCGGGCUCCUCGGGACUCGGCGUCGCGGGGCGCAUCGUCUCGGGAUUCGUCCAGGUCGGCGAAGUCCUCGCGGCACUCCCGGGCGACGAGUCGGGGAUGGUGCGUGCGAUCGAGUGCGACAACGAGCCGGUGAUGUGGGCCGCAGCAGGGACCAACGCCACGCUCUACCUCUCCCAGCUCGAACAGAACCAGGUGAACGUCGGCAGCGUGCUCUGCCCGCCGGGCCAGCUCGUGCCGCUCUGUAGCGAGGUGCUCGUGCAGCUGCUCGUCUUCCAGCCGACCUACCCGCUGGUCAAGGGCACGGCGCUCGAAGUGUUCCACCACAGCGCCGACAUCCCGGGCGAGCUCGUGGAGCUCGUCGCGAUCCUCGACAAGGCCUCGGGCGACGUCGUGCGCCAAAGGCCCCGCGUACUGCCCCACCAUGCGACCGCCACCGCGCGCAUCAGCUUGGGGGGUGGAAAGGGAUUCCCGAUCGAGACCUUCCGUGCGAACAAGGAGAUGGCGCGCCUGCUCUUUCGCAUGCACGGCGAGACGGUCGCCGCGGGCAUCGUCCUCGAGGCGCACUAG